GUUGAACAGCUGUUCUGUCAAUCAUCCAAUCCAGUAAGUUCGUUGUUGUGCAUCACUACAAAAUAACAUAUCAACGCUCAAUUUGUGGAUUUUACAUUUUUAAGUACUUAACACGUAUUUCUACAGAUUACGUCAGUUUAAAACGUAAAAUUCAAAAAAAUGUCAAUUCAGGCUUCAGGAAAACUCAUUGUAGUUGCUAAUCGUCUUCCAUUUAUUCUUAAAAGAAAUGAUCAAACGAAAAAAUGGGAAAGAAAAGCAAGUGCUGGUGGUUUAGUAACAGCUGUAGCACCAGUAGUUGUUCAAGGUAAUGGAGUAUGGAUAGGAUGGCCUGGUGUGCAUUUAGAAGAGGGAGAAAAAAUACCGGAAUCAAAUCCAAAUGAUAUGACACCCACAGCCGGAUUACGAUCAGAUAGAGUUGUAGCAGUAAAUUUUGAUUCUCAAACAUUUGAUAGUUAUUACAAUGGUUGUUGUAAUGGGACAUUUUGGCCCUUGUUUCAUUCAAUGCCUGAUAGAGCACAAUUUUCUGUGGAUACUUGGAAAUCUUAUUGUAUUGUCAACAAAGAAUUUGCAUCAAAAACAGUUAGUGCCUUGGAAAAUUUAUCAGUUGAUGACACAGAAUCUGGGACACCUCUUGUUUGGCUUCAUGACUACCAUCUAAUGUUGGCAGCAAACAGUAUUAGAAAUGCUGCUGAUGAAAAAAAUUUAAAAUUUAAAUUAGGAUUCUUUCUUCAUAUCCCAUUUCCUCCCUGGGAUAUAUUUAGAUUAUUUCCAUGGGCAGAUGAAAUUCUUCAAGGAAUGUUAGGUUGUGACAUGGUUGGUUUUCAUAUUGAAGAUUAUUGUUUGAACUUUGUUGAGUGUUGUCAACGUCGUUUGGGGUGUCGAGUGGAUCGCAAAAAUUUACUUGUUGAGCAUGGUGGCCGUACUGUACGUAUCCGUCCAUUGCCUAUUGGAAUACCUUUUGAUCGUUUUGUUCAAAUGGCCGAACAAGCUCCAGCUGUUAUUAGUACUUCUCUUCAGUUGGUACUUGGUGUUGAUAGGUUAGACUAUACUAAAGGUUUAGUGCAUAGGCUUAAAGCUUUUGAAGUGUUAUUAGAACGUUAUCCUCAACAUAGAGGUAAAGUUGCGCUAAUGCAAGUUGCUGUUCCAUCUCGCACAGAUGUUAAAGAAUACCAAGACCUGAAAGAAGAAAUGGAUCAACUUGUUGGUCGUAUAAAUGGACGUUUUACUACUCCAAAUUGGUCUCCAAUCAGAUAUAUUUAUGGGUAUGUUAGUCAAGAUGAAUUAGCAGCUUUUUAUCGAGAUUCAGCAGUUGCUAUGGUUACUCCUUUAAGAGAUGGUAUGAAUUUAGUAGCAAAGGAAUUUGUAGCUUGUCAAAUUAAAGAACCUCCUGGUGUUUUGAUUGUAUCACCCUUUGCUGGUGCCGGUGAAAUGAUGCAUGAAGCAUUAAUUUGUAAUCCAUAUGAACUUACUGAAGCUGCUGAUACCUUACAUAGAGCUUUAACUAUGCCAGAAGAUGAAAGGAUGUUAAGAAUGAGAUGUUUAAGACGUAGAGAAAAAAUUCAUAAUGUAGAUUAUUGGAUGCGGUCAUUUUUAAAAGCUAUGGGAACACUUAUAAGUGAAGAUGGGGAUGAUGUACUUCCAACAACAAUGCAACCAGUUACUCUACAAGAUUUUGAUGACUACUUAUCAAAAUACAUUGGAAAUACAAAUAAAUUAGCUUUACUAUUAGACUAUGAUGGAACAUUAGCUCCACUAGCUCCUCAUCCUGAUUUGGCUAUAUUACCUGUAGAAACUAAAAGUGUUCUUGAAAGAUUGGCUAAUAUGUCUGAUGUAUACAUAGCUAUAAUUUCUGGAAGAAAUGUCCAUAAUGUUAAAGAUAUGGUUGGUAUUGAGGGUUUGACAUAUGCGGGUAAUCACGGACUUGAAAUCCUUCAUCCAGAUGGCAGCAGAUUUGUUCACCCAAUGCCCAAAGAAUAUGAAGUUAAAGUUAUUGACUUAUUAAAAUCUCUUCAAGAACAAGUUUGUAAAGAUGGUGCAUGGGUAGAAAAUAAAGGCACUUUGUUAACCUUCCAUUAUCGCGAAGUUCCUGUUGAUCUUCGUCCUGAAUUAGCAUCUGUUGCACAACGUCUUAUAGAAGAAGCUGGAUUUAAAGCUGGUCAAGCUCAUUGUGCUAUUGAAGCAAAACCUCCUGUACAAUGGAACAAAGGUCGUGCAUCUCUAUAUAUUUUGCGCACAGCAUUUGGACUUGAUUGGAGUGAACGUAUUCGUAUUAUCUAUGCUGGAGAUGAUGUGACUGAUGAAGAUGCUAUGCAGGCAUUAAAAGGUAUGGCAGCCACUUUUCGUGUUGCUCAAUCACAAAUAGUAAAAACCUCAGCUGAACGUCGUUUACCAAGCACCGAUUCUGUAUUAACUAUGUUAAAAUGGGUUGAAAGACACUUUGGUAAAAGAUUACCAAGAGAAGAUAGUGUUGGUAAUUUAAGUAAUAGUUUACAGUUGUCACUUGGAGAAAUGCAAAUGGAAUUAAGUAUAUCUGAGAAAAAGUCUCCUCAAAAUUAAUAUAUUUCAUAUUAAGUAUUAAUUUAUUUAUAUGUAGAGUAUUUAGUCAUCAUAAUUGUGGGCCAAAAAAAAAGUGCUAUUUAAUACUAAAAAAUAAAUAUAUUUAAAAGCUAAAAAAAUAUUAUUGAGUAAUAAAAUAUAAAUCUAAAAGUCAAUUAGGUGUGAAUUAUAGUAAUAAUGUAAAAUAAAAUUUCAGAUAUUUCUUACA